AUGUCCUCAAUGAAAGAGCAGUUUUGGGCUGCGAGGCAUCCUCCCAAGAACCCCUCUCAUCUGUCAUUCAACAACAAAGUUAUCCUUGUCAGCGGGGCUAAUGACGGCUUGGGGUUUCAAGCUGCUCUCAAAUACGCCCAACUGGGUGCGUCGACCCUGAUACUAGGAGUGCGAUCGAAGGAGAAAGGGGAAGCAGCCAAGGUGUCUAUUAUACAACAAACGCAAUGCUCCAACAUCACCGUCAUGACCGUUGAUCUUUCGACAUUCGCUUCUGUCAAAGACUUUGCCCGUCGCGUUAACGAGGAAGUCCCACAGCUACAUGUCGUCCUACUUUGCGCUGGAAUCAUGACCUCCAAAUACGAGAAAAGUCCUGAUGGCUUCGAGAUGGCACUGCAAGUCAAUGUCCUUUCGACCGCUUUGAUGGUCCUACUAUUGCUUCCCAAGCUUCAGAAAACCGUGUGUUCUGAUGGGUCAAUUCCCCAUCUUUGCAUCGUCAACAGUUUGGCUACUCAGGAGAUCAAGCCCGAAUUGAUUCCGACAGACAACAUGCUGAUACAGCGGCUCAACGAUGCUUCAAAGUUUGAUUUCUACGCCCAUUAUUACCUCGUGAAGCUAGCUGCGCGUUUCUUCGUGCAGGAACUAGCUACACAAAAAUCUGCUGAGGAAGGCAGUCGUACCCUGGUCAGUGCCACUGCGCUUGGAUCUGAAAGUAAUGGGAAACUAUGGUUGAAUGAUGAGCUUCCUCCACCGGGCCCUUUUAUGGCCAGCCAGUGUGCUGCAGACUUGUCACCGGCGACAUUUCAAGAAAUUCUGACGAUCUUACGCCAACAUUGUGACCUGGAAGGCAUGCUAUAG